AUGGUAAGAUCCCCGCAGUGCCGGGAACAAGCCGUGUCUGCCGGUGAAACGCUGCGGCAUCUGCCAGAGAAACCCCCGCAGGGGUGGGAAAAGGUCGACUGGCGAGUGAGACUGAACUCGGGACACAAGAUCCGGAUCCUGACCACUGAGAAGAAUCAGGCUGUCCAAUUUUCCAAGAGUCCUUUUUCUGGGAGAGCUGGUUUCCAUCCAGAUACCCUCUCCCUGUGGAUCAGCGCGGUUGGCACGGCAGACAGCGGGGUCUAUGAGGUGGAAUUUGAGGACACAUCAGGUUCUGUUACUGCCCAGUGGUGCUUCCGCGUGUCGGUGUGGGAGCCCGUCCGCUCGCCGCACCUGGAGCAAAACCUCCUGCACCGGGAGCAGGGCUGGUGCAACCUCUUGCUGGUCUGUGCCGUGCCCGGCGCCAGCAACGUCUCCUACAGCUGGACCUGCAGCGGGGACCCCCUGGGAGACCCAGAGCCCCGUCCCUGGGUGCAUCUGCAUGUCCGUGAUGACGACAACCUCACCGUCUGCUCCUGCAACGCGAGUAACCCGGUGAGCUGGAGCGUGGCCAGCACCGACGUCACGGCAGCCUGUCACACCGAGGCCUCAGGCGUUUCACUGUCCUACUGCCUGGUGAGGGGGCUGCUCUGCCUGGUGGUGCUGGGCAGCCUGAGCGCAGCAGUGGUCGGCACCCACGUCCUCGUCCGGCGGUGGCGAUCCCCUUCCCUCGGCACUCCUUUGGGUGCUGGGUAGGACCCCCCAAAGUCUCUUUAUGCAUCAAGUCCGGCCUCAAAAACUCCCUAACAAAUGAGCUUUUAACCGCGCUUGAGCAUGGAUUAAAGAAAAAUCUGCUUUUAUUUUUUUUUCCCCCCAGCAUUAUGUAUUGAGCGUUCUCGAAAAAGUUCUGGGUUGUUCUCUGGAGAGGACAGAUCAGAUGGGCUGCAGGGGAUUUCAGCCCAGAAGACGAGGCUCCCCUUCAACAACGCAGGGCUCCCCCAGCCCAAAACACACACACCCCCCACCCCGGGCCAGGGUUGUCCCUCUGGUUUUGAGCAAACAGGGACACACUCCACCGCCCGGCGUCCUGCCAGACCCCCCCGGCAUG